AUGCCCCUCCCCAUUGAGAUCCUUCACUUGCGCUCGGAAGGCCCGCCGUCAACCACACCAGCCAAAUUCUCCGCCACUGCCAUAAAUGACCCAUCGUGUCCCCUCGAUAAGUCUCAAGAAUUAGAACAUCGGGCGAAGCACACCGGCAGCGAUGAAAAGCACCGCCCUAUUAUGUCGGACCUAGAGCAAGAUGAUCGUUCGGGGAGCAAUUCGUAUGGCAAUAAACCUCCGGAGGCUGAAAACCAACAAUCGAACACCUCUUCCACGUUACCCUCGACCGACUCGGACGAGCUGUUGCAACCUGAGCAUGUCGAAUCCCAGGAUCCUGUUAGUGAACGCCUUUCGCAGCCUAGAGAGGGCGUAACAAGCGGGACUGCAGGAACCUCGUCUCCCACCGUUAACCAAGAGCUUCCUGUUCCCACUACUACCCGGCAUGGUCCGCAAAGCGAAUCUGACAAUGCACAGGUCCCGGGUGGCUCUAUAGACCCGGCCUUGGAAGUGGAUGAUAUCAGUGGGCAAUCCUUGCUUCCUGAAGAUGACGGAAUGGGUGCCCUCCGGAGCCGGAUUCAUGCAAUCCGAGACCUGGGGUAUACCAGCACCGAUCAGGCGCGCAUGAUCCAUGAUCUUAUGACGGAAAACUACAACUCAUCCAGGGCAUUUAUGGGAAGUCAUCUCUCGCCCAUCUCUUCACCCACUCCUUCUUCCCGCACUCUCGAACGAACAGAUACUCCCAACCGUUGGAGCGGCCAAUCCUUCGAUCAACCUUCCGUCUCCUCGGCCUCUACCGCUACAUCUGCACUACAUGAAAUCCUCCAAAACCUAACUGCUGAAGACCUGAAACCAACCUUUUACCCCAGAGUAGAGUCCGAAUCACCGGCUGCUGAGGACGCUGAGGACGAGGACAUCGAAGUAUUCGACGAGCCUACUCUAGGGUGCCCUCAUUAUAAAAGGAAUGUCAAGCUCCAAUGCUUUGAUUGCAAGAAGUGGUACACUUGUCGGCUCUGCCACGACGAAGUAGAAGAUCAUCGUCUUGAUCGUCCAAAAACAGAGCACAUGCUGUGCAUGUUGUGUGGGCAUGCUCAACAUGCCGCGCAAUAUUGCAAGAGGUGUGGAGAACUAGCAGCACAGUAUUAUUGCGCGUCUUGCAAGCUUUGGGACAAUGAUGCUAGCAAAAGCAUCUACCACUGCGGUGAUUGCGGCAUUUGUCGCAUCGGCAAGGGCUUGGGGAAGGACUUUUUCCACUGCAAGACAUGCAGCGUUUGCCUUCCUAUCUCGAUUGAAACGACACACAAGUGUAUUGAAAGGUCGACUCAGUGUGACUGCCCAAUUUGUGGAGAAUACAUGUUUACAUCUCCAGAGACGGUGGUUUUUAUGCGAUGUGGACAUAGUAUCCAUCAACGGUGUCUUGCUGAGUAUUCAAAAUCGUCGUAUCGCUGCCCAAUAUGCAGCAAAACAAUUACAAACAUGGAAGCUACAUUCCGAAACCUGGACAGGACGAUUCAAAGUCAACCAAUGCCGGCAGAUUUCAAGGACACCAAGGCUAUCAUUACUUGCAACGAUUGCGGCACUAAAUCGGUCGUCAAGUAUCAUUGGCUGGGCCUGCGAUGUGAUAUGUGCGAAUCUUAUAAUACUACUCAACUCAGCGUUCUCCACGAGAAUACCGAAUCGUCAGAUCAUAAUGUUGACGUGGAAAAUCUACCAACUUCCAGAUUGCGAUCAUCUUCUCACGGCGGAGAUAACUCUGACCUGCCUACCCUAGAGCCAUUGCAAAUCGACCCUAGCUCUGCACCAGGAGCAGGUGCUCAUCCGCAAUUCGCCUCAUCUCUUUCUGCGAAUCCGUCUGGACAAUUUUCUUCGUACAAUCUUACCCGUGGACGCGCUGUCUCCCCCGUGAUCAGCAACUAUUUUGGUAUACCACCUGACCGCCAAUCGCAGCGAUCUACUUCUACGUCAUUUUUCGGGGCUCGAUUAAAUCAGACUGGCGAGAAUGAUGGCGAUGGCGAACUUAGUAUUUGGGGUACACGCUUUAGAUACCGAGGAUUUUUGAGCAGAGGCACCGAUCCGGCCGAUGAAACCCCAACAGCCGAGGAUGACGAGGAAGAUGCAGAAUUGUCAAGCUCGAGCGAAUCUGAUAAGAAUGAGGACGAGGAUGAUGAUGAAGAUGACAACGAAGGCAUUGAUAUAUUCGGCCACCGAUGA